AUGGAUGAACCAAAAACAGACGAGAAAAAAGUCCCAAAAGUCGUCAGAUCAGCUGGAGCCAAAAGGGGAAGAAGAAGAGCCCCAGUUUCUUGCUUGCCGUGCAGAAAAAGAAAAAUAAAAUGUGACAAAGCAACACCCUGUGCCAGUUGUGUCGACUCUGGCUCUACGAAUCUAUGCAUAUAUACGGAGCAGCCAUGGAAAAAGGAUGUCGGUGACUCCUUUAGUAGUUCAAAUUCAUUGAGAGAGGUUGAACUUUUGAACAAUCGAAUAAAAUACUUGGAAGGCAUCUUACAGGAACAACUAAAAACAUCUUACAUGGCAUCGCCUAUGAUUUCAGAUUCGUCUCAAUCUCCAAAUUGUAACGAGAAUAGCAAGAUGAUAGAUAUUAGUGAAAGAUUUGACAUGCUUACCAUCAAACACUCAAAAGUGUUUCAUGUUGGACCAACAUCUUAUUAUUCUCUUAUUUUAAAUGAUCCUGUCACAAAGUCUGCUUUUGAAAAGUUCAUCUCUGAAAGGGCUGCUCAAUUUAAUAAGUGUUUCUAUGAUCAAAAAGUAGCUGUACGUUUCAAUGAAAGUUUUAAGGAAAAGCUUCCUGGUUGGAAUUCAAUUUCAUUUUUGAUAGAUAGAUUUUUUGAAGCGUGUUAUUUCUUUGCACCGUUCAUUAGCAAGUCAAAACUAAUGGCUGAGUUGAAAGAUUUUUUAAUUAUAAAGGAGGACUUUAUUACAGUCGAUAUUUCGAAACAACGAGAUAAUAUUACAUUUGCGAUCCUUUUGAUAAUAUUGAGAUUUGCUUAUCUCUCAUUGCCUAAGAAAGAGGGGCACGGAUCUUUCUUUGAUUCUGAACAAGACUGGAUUGGCGAUAAUAUAAAUGAUAUAACAAUUGAACUGGAAUACAUAGACGUUGCUACGGAUCUUCUUAUUUCUCCUCAGAAUAUGAAGUUGUUCACUUUAGAAACCAUCCAAGCUCAUGUUUUAUUGCUUAUAUAUAAAUUACAUUGUCCCGAGGGUGCAGAAGGAGGACAAGAAAUGAAUAUUUUACUAGGCAGUAUCAUUCAGAUGGCCAGACAUCAGGGUAUUUCUAUGGAUACAAGAAAAUAUGCCGGUGGCAUUUUGAGCGAUGACGACGCUUACGUUUGGAAGAAGCUUUGGGUUCAACUUUUAUUCUUAGAUUCUUCUUUUGCAUUCACUUUUGGAAUGCCAAUGUUGAUAACAGAAGAGGAAUUUGAUUGUCAGUUACGGCUCACUUCGAAUUUAACUUCGAGCUUGAAACUUGAAGAGGCACUUGUAGUGAAGCAGCUUUCUUUAAAGAUAUCUUCAAUUAAGUUAAUGAGAAAGCUCGUUCAGGACACAAAACAGACGAAAACUGAAAGGUCGAGCCUUUUAGAAGGAAUAAGAGAUGUUAAUUAUUUCAUGUCUACUAAAAUAAAAACAUUUCACGAACUUUGUCACGUUGAAAAUAUUGUGGGAAACAAAAAUGAUAGGCUUCAGGAACUUCUGCUCCGCAUUGAUCUUGUAGUUAAUUUAUACAUCCUCCACUACCUUUUGUUUUUGACAGCAGAUGAAAAACUCGAGAGAUCUUUGCAAAUGAAACAAUUUGCUUUGUUUCUAGAGCAAGGAUUAAUGAUAUUGAAAAUCUCAGACGAAGUUUCGAAAGAUAUGUGCACUUUGUUCCCCUCUGAGCUAAAAGUAUUUCUCCAUACUACCGUGUGGAGCGCACUUAUGAAAGUGCUUCCUUCUUUCUUCGGUGCUCUUCUAAGGAUAUACGAUAGAACAUUUUCUUUGCCUGAGGCUUCGUUGCUUUUUGAAUCUAUAGAUUCAUUUAGGUUAAUAUCAUGGGCUGGAAUUGAUUACGAUGAUGAGGAGAAAAGUAUUGACACGUUUAGCAAAAUACUCAAGGAAAUUUACUUUAGCUUAAUUGAGGACUCAGAAAGUAACUUUCAUCGUCAACAAGUUUGUUUUGUCUUUCAAAUAUUAUUCGACUAUUUGUAUACCAUAUACAAUAUUCCGAUUUUUGACCUUAACUCUGAAGACCCAAAUAAAUCAAAGGAUGACAAAAAAAUGAUAGAUGAUUUUGACGAUUUUUUCGAGUUGGAUUAUCUAAUAUUUAACAAUACUUAA